UUUCAAUUUGAAGAGAUGAAUAAGAUCGAAGCUAAUUCGAAGUUAGUGCGUGAUAGAAAUGAUUCUAAUUUUAGUAAAGCCACUAAUUUUAAAGAUAAGAUUUUACAUGGUCCAAUGUAUGGAGUGAGACAACAACGCAAUUAUGUUAUUAACGCAUACUUCGAACAUUUAACUAAACUUGAAAAAAAACAACUUGAAUCGAACGAAAGUGAAGAUGAAGAGAAAAAUACAAAAAAGAGGAAACGUGGAGGAAAAUAA